AUGUCAUAUUCGGCCUCUCCAGGUCUCAAUACUUCUCAACCUCCAGCUUCACUCCCUGCGCGGCCGCCGCCCUCUGCAGUCAGCCCUGCACCAGCAUUUAAACCGACAUCGAGCGCCGCCUCUGUCAAGCCGGCUUUCACAGCCUUUGCUCCAAGGUCGAUAGCGAACGCAUAUCGCACAAGCAGUCCAGCACACUACGCUGGAGCGCCGGUCACCACCUACAGUCCUGCUGCGCAGUAUCCGCAACCUACAUCAUUACCUCAAUAUGACGCAUCGUACUCGAGCGCUCCUCAGAUCCGCAACCCUUUCGUGCCGACUCCAGACGCAUCCUCUUCCUCGGCGAACCCAUAUCCAGGCUAUGACGCCGAUUACGAAGCCCAAGUGCAGCAGUGGCAAAGUGCAUACAUGAGCAGAGAGGUUAGUAACACGUCCACGCCGAAACCAGUGGGGGCAGCGCCGGCAAACCCGACCCAAAACACGAUCAUAUCCCACAAAGAAACCACAAAUCAACAUAAAGAUGAUGUCCCUAAAACGGUAUACCGCUCUGGUGGUGGUACCAGUUGGACUGAUCCGACCCUCUUGGAAUGGGACCCGGCGCACUUUCGGAUUUUCGUUGGCAAUCUCGCGGGCGAAGUGACCGAUGACUCCCUCCUCAAAGCCUUUGCACAAUACCCCUCGGUCCAGAAAGCCCGUGUGAUCCGCGACAAACGCACCACAAAAUCCAAGGGGUAUGGCUUCGUUAGUUUCGCCGACGGAGACGAUUACUUCCGUGCUGCAAGAGAUAUGAACGGAAAAUAUGUUGGCAGCCAUCCGAUCGUGGUGAAAAAAGCUGUGACAGACGUGCGACCUACAAGCACAAAGCAGCCAGGACACAAGGGCAAAGGCGGCGCUGGUGGCCACGGAAAGGUAGAGCACGGUGGUGUGCACAAGAAACAGCCGAAGACGAAGGGUGGGCUGAAGGUUCUUGGAUGA